AUGAAUUCAAUUAUAGCGAUAGAUCACGAGAAGAAGACAACGUCGGCCAAUUAUCGCGGGUCCAACUCGUUUGCGACAUUCAUGAUCAUUGGACCCGUCUGCUUCUUCCUCGGCAUCCUCUUUGCCCAGUUCCCCUACGACUUCCCCCUGCUAUGGACCACGGACGAGGUGGCGCCCGCGUACCUGGACCAGCUCGAGACGCACCUCAAGUUCAUCCACGCGGCGCCGCCGCUGAUUGCGCGCAUCCUGCACAUCAUGGUGGGCACGGGCUUCCUCGGCUUCUUCGUCAAGCUGUUCCGCCCCUCCGAGGCCAACAUGCUCUUUGACGGCGCCGGCCUCAUCCUCUACGUCAUUGGCGUCGGCAUCUACAUCACCAACAUCGUCAAGGGCCUGCGCACCGUCAGCGCCGACAUCUGGGACGCCGCCACCGGCAAGGUCAUUGAGCAGCCCGGCGCCCCCGAGCUCCAGGCCGGCGAGGUCGUGCUGGGCCGCGAGGACAGCCUCAAGGUCCUGGCUGCCAGCAACACCAUUCUCGCCCUCGUCCUCGUCGGUGUCCUGGUCCUCCAGGCCGGUCAGUGGUAUGCCGAGCGCAAGGACAAGGAGGAGGCUGAGAAGUUUGAAAAGGAGGAGCGGGAGAAGAAGGUCCACGCCGGUGGUGCUGGAUCCAAGAAGAAGCAGUAG